CUAGGGUCCAAUAACACGUUCUUCGGAUCUUGGCUCUCUUGGCGUCUCUCUUCCUCGUGCUGUUGCCGUGCGCCGGCGCAACAGCCAAAAGAAGAAGAAGACGAAGGGUCGGAGGUGAGGCGCAAGAAAAGAGCCAGAGCCGAGGAAAGACGAGAGCCGGAGCAAUCAACCACCACCACCAGCAGCGCACCACACGCACACACGACACAACAACGGCGUCGCCCUGACCUCGACCUGCCUGCCAGCCAUCCGUGCCACUCGUCCCGCUCCCUAGACAGGGCUCCCUGGUUCCCACUCCGCUCGGGAAAAGAGAGCCGUGCCCCAUGCGUGCCGUCCUCACUUAAGCCAAAGAGCCAAUCUCGUCGAGGCGAUGCCAUUGUUGCACAUGGUGCAGGCUCUUCCCUUUUGGCGCACAGUCACACAGACCUCAUUUCCUCUUUGGCGCGACAUUGCGUUACACUUAGCAGAAGCAACCACCGCAGCAACCACCACGAGUGGAAUAGCACCACCCAGAGCCAGGGAAGCGGCAAACAGCCGGUGCUCCGAUGGGUCGGUUCGGUCGGCAGUCGGUGCAUGUGCAUCGUGAGAAAGUUGGCUGGAGACAUUCCCACAAGUAUUGGGAUUGUGCCGCACUCCUGCUCCCGGUUGCUCGGCUUGGGCUCGGCCUCGGUCAGCUGUGACACUUGUUUGGCGCAUUUGGCGAGAUUGGGCCUUCGGAUUGGGCCAUUGACGGAAUCCACCUGCCCGAGGCUAAUCCUAAGGAAAGAUCAGGGCCAUUGA